UUUCCAGUCACGUGACGUACAGCUGUCUGAACGUCACAGCAGUCCUCGGUCUGGAUAAUUGUACACGAGCGAAAGAUGGCGUUCACAUUCGCGGCCUUUUGUUAUAUGCUGGCGCUACUGCUGACGGCGGCGCUUAUCUUCUUCGCUAUUUGGCAUAUAAUUGCUUUUGAUGAGCUGAAGACUGACUAUAAGAAUCCUAUAGACCAAUGUAACACGUUAAACCCGCUCGUCUUGCCGGAGUACCUCAUCCAUGUGUUCUUCUGCGUAAUGUUCCUGUGCGCCACAGAAUGGCUGACGCUUGGACUCAACAUACCCCUGCUGGCCUAUCACAUCUGGAGGUAUAUGAGCCGCCCUGUGAUGAGUGGACCUGGAUUGUAUGACCCCACUACAAUAAUGAAUGCAGAUAUUCUGGCAUACUGUCAGAAGGAGGGCUGGUGCAAACUUGCAUUCUACCUCCUCUCAUUCUUCUACUAUCUUUACGGGAUGAUUUAUGUUCUGGUGAGCUCUUAAACUGGAUAGAGCUGGAAAGCAUAUAUGGAAGCGUUUGAGAUGCUGAUUUUAAAACCCAAAUGGAGCGGAAUUUGGACUCUGCCAUCUCUCUCAGUUCUGCUCGGCUGUUUCAAAUGGACAUUGACUUUAUUUACUUCUCAUUGGCAAAGAACGAUCCAGGAAUCAAGCAGCCUGCACAACUCCAGAACUACACAUGCAAAAAUGAACGAUUACCAACUCUUCAGUACAACUAGACUAGACUUACACACAUAUGCCGCACCAAUGCCAAAGCACUUCACACACUGAGAGCAUUAGUAGAUGAGAUGAGUUUACAUUGACCAGAUCAUGUCCAAAGCAGAGGCACAAGGGCUUCAACACUAUACCACUGAUGGAUAUGUGCAAAGAUUUUACUCUUGUGUUUUCAAACUGUAGGACAAAAUAAAGAUCUUGAUUGUAGCAUUUUUACAGACUUAUUUUAUCUUCUAUAUAUUACUGCCUUCCUCGUAGCUCAGUCAGUUCUUUAAUUUGUCAUUCAGAGUCUUGUGCUGCUUUGGUGGUUCAUGAUCUUGUAAGUCCAUGAAUUUGAACUCAUGCUGGUGGUCUGCUUCAUGUUGAUGGUUCUUAUCAGAUGAAUGCUCCAUUUCAAGUGUCAAAACCACUGUUUACUGUCUUGUUGGUAGCAAAUGAGAACUGAUGCUUUCAGUGUGUUGAAGGCUUUACUUCGCUCAUACCCUGGAAAUACUCCAUGUAACCUUUUUAAAUUUAUUUUUGUGUGCAUUUUGUAUUUCUAAGUGUAAUUGUUUUCUGAUUUAGUUUUACUUCCGUUAUGUUUUUGUGAGAUAGAAAUGAAUGUGGACACUGUUGAAUAAUUUUUGUUCAUAAUCACCAAGCUGGACCACCAAGGUGAUAUUCAGAAUAAUAGAUUAUUUUAGAUUUUCCCAGUUAUUUAGAUUUUUAUUUUUCUGUUUGCUGUUUUCCCCUGUGUGUAUGAAUCCAGCUUGAUGUGUGUUUGAAUGUAAUAAAGUCUUGCAAGAGCUGUAGUAAAAAGAUUUUUUUUUUCUUUUUGGCUUGUAAUAUUGUUUUAAAGAUCCCAAUAAAGCCCACCAUAGACAAAUCA